CAGACGCGGGAGACUCUCUCUCUCCUCUCUCCCACUCUCUCUCUCCUUCCUUUCUUUCUUUCUUUGUUUUUUCGCUAGAUUUCAUCACUCUUUAAAAAAAAUUUCCAAUCGAGUAUGGAAGAAAAAUCAAAUACGAAGAUUUAGCUGCUAAAUUCACUGCGAUAACAAAGUCAAUAAACCCUCCCUCUCACCCAACUCUCUCUCUUUUCCAUUUUUAUACAUCCUUUUGAUGUGUACGGACACACCGAAGAAGACUUCUAUCUCCGCCGCCUCCGUCGUCGUCACCGCCGCCGUUAGAUGGAUGAGCCUAGAGACAGUCUCGCUCUCUCCAAUCUCCUCCUCUGCCACGAAUCCGAGUCUUCUCUAAACCAAGAAGGAGACGAUGAGACCAAUCUUAGGAGAUCUGAGCAGCCUCACUGUUUCGUCGCUGCUACAACGAUCGGAGACGAUGAUGAAGAUUAUGUGGCGGAGCUUGUUCGCAAAGAGAAUCUGCGAUUCGAAGCCGAACCCACGAAAACGACGUCGUCUUUCGACAGAUUGAUUGCAAUCGAUUGGAUUCUCACUACAAGGACGAGAUUCGGAUUCCAACAUCAAACAGCAUACAUUGCAAUAUCAUACUUCGAUCUGUUUCUGGAGAGGAGAUUCAUCGGUUUGCAGAGAGAUGAAUCAUGGGCGAUUCGAUUGUUAUCAGUGGCUUGUUUAUCACUAGCUGCGAAAAUGGAGGAACGAAUUGUUCCUGGAUUAUCACAGUACCCACAAGAUCAAGAUUUUGUUUUUAAACCCGAUGUGAUUCGUAAAACUGAAUUGAUGAUUCUAUCGACAUUGGAUUGGAAGUUGAACUUAAUCACUCCUUUUCAUUACUUGAAUUACUUCGUUGCUAAAAUCUCUCAAGAACAAAACCAAUCUGUUUCUAAAGAGUUGGUCUUGUUAAGAUCAUCCGAAUCUCUUCUCGCCCUAACAAAAGAGAUAAGCUUUACGGAUUAUCGACAGUUCGUUGUUGCUGCUGCUACUACAAUGUUGGCUUCUUCUACUUCAUCGAAUAUUAGAUUGACGAGAGAAGAAAUGGCGACCAAGUUUGGAUCAAUCUCGUGGUGGACUUCUAAUGAGAACGACAAUGUAUAUUCUUGUUAUCAGAGAAUGCAAGAGUUUGAGGAGAGGAAACAUAUGACACCGCCGGAAUUAGCGGAUUCCGGCGAUAUAAAACCGGCGGUUGCUUCAGGAAGUGGGGCUAAACGCCGACUGUCUUUUGAUGAUUCCGAACAAACUUCUCCGGCCAAGAGAAUGCGUAGGCUCUGAAGAGGGUUUCUUUCUCCUUGGAGUUUUGGUUAUAAAUUAUAUUGAUUUUGGUAUUUUUUUGGCAACAUAUUGCUUUGGUUUUUAUAUUCAAUCAUUUGAUUAUAGAGGAAAAUGGUCUGAAUACAAUGGUUAUUUCAUAUGUUUGAAGUAACUCUCAUAUAGAGGUUCAUAUAAAAAGUCUUUGAUGAUUCAUUUCUGGGGGUAAAAUGUUACUAUC